UUUCCUUCUUUUCAAUUUUAUUAUUGGUUUUGUCGAGUGAAGCGUAAACCCUAAAUCACUAAUCAUCGAUUCUUCUCCGUUGGAUCAAAGGUAUCAUGAACUCGGAACUUUUCUCUCGCGUUUUUUUUCUUCAUUAUUUGAUAAUCGAAUCCGUAAAUUCAACUUGAGUUGUGGCGCUGUAGAUUUCUCUUAUAGAUUUUAGAACGAAGAAAGAAAAUCGUAUGUCAUCUGCUUUCUCAAUUUUUUUUGGUUGUGGGUUUCUUUUAGUGAUACGUAUCAGUGAAUUUGGUGGAAUACUGGAUUGGAAAAUUGGGGGUUUGGUCUUGUUUCUAGAGUUGUUAUGUCCUUUGUAUUUAUGUCAAGUGUUGCUGUCUUAAAGCCCAACUUAAACUUGAAUGUGUCUGAAGUCUAAACCAAAUUACGUGUUAGAUAAUUGUGUUUGUGGUAUUCUCUUGUCUUGACACAUUUCUUUAGCUUCAUUUAAUGGCAGACAAUAAAACAUCUGAAGGUAUUGUAUCCGAAGAAACUCCCAUGGAUGCUUCUCAGGAGCAACAACAUGAAACAGUUGAGGAGAUGCUUGCUCGCCACAGGCAAGAGAUUAAACAACUUCAAAACAAAGAGACAGAGAUGAAGAAGGCAGCUGCCAAAGGUAGCAAAGCUGAACAAAAAGCUAAGAAGAAGCAAGUCGAAGAUGACAUUUCCAAACUCUCCACUAAGCUCAAGGACAAACAGUUGAAAGAACUCGCCUCUCAAGGUUUCAGCAGCAGCAGCAGCAACAACAUUGCCAAGGACGAAACGACUGAGAAAAAAGGAGACAUCGACACUCUAGUUAGAGCUAUAGCUGGAGUCUCAGUCACUGCUCAGCAAGAGCACUCAAAGCCUAGCAAGAGCGUGAAGAGGCGCGAGAAACGGGCUAAGGAAGAAGCAGACAGAGAGCAGAGAAUUAAAGAGGAGCAAAGCCACGUGAAAAGUGAUCGUAUGGUUGAGAACGCCAAGCUUGAGAAGAAGCUUAAACCAUUGGGAUUAACAGUCAGUGAGAUUAAACCAGACGGACAUUGCCUUUACCGUGCUGUUGAGAAUCAGCUUGCCAACCGCUCGGGCGGUGCAUCUCCUUACACAUACCAGAAUCUAAGAGAAAUGGCUGCUUCGUACAUGAGAGAGCACAAAACCGACUUUCUCCCGUUUUUCUUGUCAGAGACUGAGGGUGACUCCAACAGUGGAUCUGCAGAAGAGCGGUUUGAGAAAUACUGCAGAGAAGUCGAGUCAACCGCUGCUUGGGGCAGUCAAUUGGAGCUUGGAGCAUUAACACAUUGCUUGAGGAAACACAUAAAGGUGUAUUCGGGAUCGUUUCCGGAUGUUGAGAUGGGCAAAGAGUAUAGAUCCGGCGAUGACUCGAGCCUCAUGUUAUCGUAUCACAGGCAUGCUUUUGGGCUCGGGGAGCAUUAUAACUCAGUGGUGCUCGUCAACAACAUCACCGGAUGAUGGAUGAUGGACUUUAUCUAAAGCUUUAAGAAAAGUGCUUUUGUAUCAAAAGUUUACUGAAAUUCUUUCUUCUUUAAUGUUUGUUGGAUUUGAGAGAACCAAUGUGUAACUUCAAUUUUUCAUUUGGUUACAAGGCGAAGCAUAAUCUAUUGCUACACAGUUCCAGGUUUUUCAUUACAGAACAAGAAUGUAGCAGCAAUUUGUACGGAGAACAUGACACGAAGAAACAUAUGACCUUUGAAC